UAAGUAUUACUACUUAACAUGCAUUCGAAAGUGUUUACUACUCUUUUUGUUCUGCUGUGUCCUUCUCGCUUGCCGUAAGCUAGUAAUGCAGUUCUUUGGUUUGUGGCAGAGAGAAAGGCGAGGUUUGGAGCGGUGGUUAAAUCUGUGAGGAAACAAAAAGUAAAACUACAGUAUUGCGUAAAUACUGUGUGACAGUUAAGGGUAGCUAAUCUUUCAAAGUGUUAUACUGUACAUAAUUAAGGUUGUGCAGUUAGUGCAGGUAUGCCAAGCUAAUCUGCUUUUGUUUUGGUUCAGUAAUUUGAAGAAGCAUCCGAAGUUCAUCGUUAAACUUUACAGGAGGAUUUGCCAUAUGCCGGCAGGAAAACCUAUUCUUUUCUAGCAAAGAUAAAUAUAAGAGCGACUUUUAUUGGGCUAAGAACUAAGCAAAAUGUGCAAAUGCACGAAUAACACAAUGCGAUUUCUUAGUAUUGAUUUACGACGAAUGAACAAGUAUACAGAGAUCUUUUGUAGCAGAAACUUAAAUAGCAGCCAAAAUGACUCUCUUGAACCUAUCUUUUGCUGCUUGUGGGUUUCUGGGAAUAUACCAUCUUGGGGUUGCCUGUGCUCUUCAGAAACAUGGACACAAGCUGCUGAGAUCAGUGAAAGCCUUUGCUGGGGCGUCAGCAGGUGCUCUUGUAGCCACAGUGUUGGUAACUGGGCCAGACAAAAUAGAGCAUUGCAAAGAAUUUACUUACAGUUUUGCAGAAGAGGUCCGCAGACAGAGACUAGGAGCGAUGACCCCAGGAUAUGAUUUCAUGCAAAAACUGAGGGAAGGGAUGGAGCAGAUUCUGCCUCCAAAUGCCCAUGAGAUUGCUGGGAAUUGCCUCCAUGUAUCAAUCACACAUUCCAAAACUGGAAAAAAUUGCAUCGUCUCGAGCUUUGCCUCCAGGGAAGAACUAAUUAAGGUCCUUUUAGCCAGCAGCUUUGUGCCUGUUUACGCUGGGAUUAAUGCUGUGGAAUACAAAGGAGAGAAGUGGAUAGAUGGGGGAAUCACAAACAGUGUUCCAAUUCUUCCAGAAGGCCGUACUAUUCUGAUUUCUCCUUUUAGUGGUCAACUGGAUAUCUGUCCAGAGCAUGAUGGACUUUUGAAUUUUAAUAUCAAAGUAAUGAACCAGAAUAUUAUGCUGUCAAAGGAUAAUUUCAUAAGACUCAAUCAAGCCCUGUUUCCACCAGAGCAGAAGAAAAUGGAAAAGCUGUGUCAAAAUGGAUACAAUGAUGCUGUGAGGUUUCUCAGAAAAGAAAAUUGGUUUCAUUAACUUAUAAUUUUAGAAAUAUAGGUAUAAACGUUAUGGAAGGGAAUACCAAAUUCCACAUUUUUCCACUAACAUGUAUUUCCUCUUUAUAAAUGUUUUCUUUGUUUAACUGUUGUAAAUUAUAUUUUGCACUCAAAAGCAAAAUGGCAGUACUGUUCUCUGUGGAACAACAAACUUUUCUGUUUGCUGGAUGAAUGUCUUGUGGUCAUAAAUUAUAUUGUCACCAAGCAUACAGCAUAGUAAGAAUAUUAUAAUGUUACGUAGUGUAGUUGUGACUGUUUUGAUUUGAAUCUUGAAACAGUUGUAAGAAAAACAUCCCUGAUGUAUUUUACUUUGAUAGUAAGUGAAAUUAGAUUCAUCUUCAGUAUAAAAAAAGACAGGAAUAUGAUAAUGUCAAAUUUUCUCUUUUUUUAAAUUAUUUACAAAUAAUUGCAAUUUUUGUCAGCAAUGUUUUUACAUUUCACAAAAGAUAAAGAAGGAUACAUUUUAUACAUUGCCUUGAAGAUGUGUGUAAAACUAGGAAACAGCCUCAUUUUCCCAUGUUACGUUUUGUGCUACUUGAGAAAAAAAUAUUUCUUAUACAGUAAUACAAUUUUAACAAAUGAGGUACAGUAAAAAUAAGCUGCUUUUAUAGUUAAAAUACUUGAAUAACUUCUACAAAAUGAAAUGUUUUUUUUUGCAUUAAAUAGCUGUAAUUAUGUAGAACUGCAAAGGUUAAUAAAUGUAAUUUUACUUACAACACAUCUUACUGUUUAACUCCUUACAUAUUGUCUCUGUACUGUACUGCAAAAGUACUGUCUUUUCUAUUUUUUCACACAGCCUGUUGAUUUGAAGUUCCACAGUUAAUACUACUAUUCUGUUUUAACAGGCAGGUUGGCUUCUUAAAAAUGUCAUAUCUUCGUACUCUUGACUGAUGGUGGCAAUAGGUUCCAUCUUUUUUUCACUCUUUCUUUGUUCUUUAUUUGUUAUAUGCUUGGCUCUGCCCAGACAUUUCCUUACCUAUGGAAUAAAUAAUGUGAAAUUA